AUGUCCAAGCCAGAAAUCUUACCAACCUGGGAUGUCAUGACCGACGGACCUACUCUCAUGAAUUUCCUCAAUACCGGUGCUUUUCCAAACCAAUGUGUUGUUCUCUACUUUGCUCAAUUGAAUUGCGUCGGUUGUGAUCAAAUCAGAGAUUACAUGAUGGCUCUUCCAAAUAAUAGACCUGAUGUUGCCUGUUUCCAAAUCCCACAAAAUUCAGCAAUCACCAAAAACAACAUUUGGUGCAAUGACGUUAUGAUCUACCCAACCGUCAAAUUGUUCAAGAACUUCCCUGCUAAUAACGAUGUCAGACAAAUUAUCGUUGGUGCAAAUUCUAAUCUUGUCGAACAAUGGUUGGUUCAAAACUUUGAACCAUUGCAAUAA